UACUGUACCUUGACAUAUCGCUGGGGAGAGGCACCACCCGAUUGUAUGCUAAGGACAGAGUUGAUUGGGGAACGGAUUUCAUCAUUGGAAGGCCUGCCACGAACGUUCAAAGAUGCCAUCAUCAUCGCACGUGCUCUGGAAAUACGCUUUAUCUGGAUCGACGCAAUGUGCAUAAUACAACCUAGCGCACAUGGGGAUUUCGCCGACUGGAAUACGGAAGGGCCACGCAUGUGGCUUGUCUACCAGAAUGCGGUCUGUAACAUUGCUGCUACUUGCUCCAGCAAUCCCAAUGACGGAUUUCUGUCAAGAGUUGGAACAGACGACACUGCACCGUGCAGCAUCCCGCAACAGACAGAAGAUGGAGAGACACAGCCUAUAUUCUUGAAGUCAACUGGAAACGCAUUCAGGGAGUCGGUCGUCAUAUCAAGCUUGAAUAGACGCGGUUGGGUUGCACAAGAGCGGCUACUUUCGCGAAGGAUUCUACACUUCACAGAAGAGAGGGUCUUUUGGGAGUGCCAAGCGGAUGAUGUGAACGACUUUUCUGAUCACAGGCGAAUGACUCGUUGGGACCAUGUUCAAAAUCCUUCUCUACUAACUUGUAGGCAAUGGCUAUCGUUCAUCGAGUUCUACUCAAAGUCAAGUUUUACGCAGCCGGCAGACCGUUUGAUUGCACUAUCAUCGAUCGCGAGGUCUGUCCAGGUAGAGCUGUUUGGUACAACAUACUUCGCAGGCAUAUGGAAAGAACACCUUGUGCUAUGUCUGUCUUGGAGGUCUGAAAAAUCUUGUUCAACGCAUCUCAGAAGAAGAUACCUCGCCAUGGCGCCAUCAUGGAGCUGGGCAUCAGUUCCGGGCGGGGUCGGGUAUCGUCAC